AACCAAAGCUUGAAGAUCGAUAAUUUGGGUUUCUUACCCCUUCCUUAUCGUGACUGCUCGAAAUUUUGAGAAUUGCAGGCAUGACGUCAAGCGUACGCACGUCUGAACCCACGGUAACACCCCGAAUAUCAGUUCGCGAUUCCUCCAAACCCCACGCCCCAACUUUCCCCAACUUCAAAUCAAUCAAUCUCGACCAUGACAUUCCAAGCACCACCCAAGAACAUCAUCGUCAGCGGCGGUGCCCGCGGCAUUGGCCGCGCCAUGUCACGCAUGUUCCUCGAAGCAGGCCACCACGUCUUUAUAUUUGACGUCGACGAGGAAGAACUCAAGCACACCACCCAAGUGCACCUAAAAAAUUACUACGAAGGCAAGAGAGUCGACUUCGCCAUCUGCAACCUGCGAGACGUCGAAGACAUCCGCAAGAAAGUCACCACAGCAGCCGAGAAGUUCUUCGACAGCCGCAUUGAUGUGCUCGUCAACAACGGCGGCAUUGCGUCUCCGCAGUGGAAAGACGGCAAGACGAUGGAAGACAAUAGUACCUGGGAAGAGUGGCAAGCGUACAUCGAGACGAAUCUGAGCGGUCCGUUUGCCAUGAGCCAGGCUUGCAUUCCGUACAUGAAAGCGCGCACCCAUGAUCGCGAGAAGGGUGCACAUAAAGAGCAGGGAGCCGGACCGUGUAUCAUCCACAUUGGCAGUUUCCGUGCACACCAGUCCGAUCCAAAUCAGGAGGGGUACGCUUCGAGCAAGUCGGGUUUGUUGGGCUUGAUGCAUUCGAUGGCGAUCAGUCUGGGUGCUUUGGGCAUCCGUGUGAACUUGGUGGCGCCAGGUAGGAUCAAGGUUGCGCACGAGUGCAAGGAGGGUGACGAGGCGGGGACGAACUGGGAGGAGCAGGUCAGCGAGAAGGAUGUCGGCGACCACCCAACGAACCGUGCGGGUAGGCCGAAGGACGUUAUCGAUGCGUGCUUGUGGCUGAUCGAGGCUGGUUUCGUGACUGGUCAGGACAUUACGGUCGAUGGAGGAGCCUUGAAGAAGAAGAACUGAGAGUUGCUGGACGAUUUCAUGACGUGACGGCCUUUCCUUUGUAACAACACAUAAGAAGUAAAGUACACGUACACUCAAGAAAGACGUUGAUGCCAG